AGUCGGGAGCGCAUCGGGAGGAGGGUGGGGAAGGUGUCAGAGUGGGCAGCACGGAGCCGGCGAGGCGAGGGGCUGCGCGGUGCGGUGAUGGAGCUGCUGCGGACCAUCGCCUACCCGCCGGGAGGCGGCGGCGGAGCCUCCAAGGGCUGCGAGGCGGCGAUGGGCAGGGGCGGCGGUGGCGAGUCGCGGAGGAAAAAGGCUGAGGAGCAGCCCCACCAGCACCCGCACGCCGCCACGGAGGUCUCCCGGAUUAUUACCGACCCCACGACGGGGAAGCGCUACUGCCGCGGGAAGGUGCUCGGAAAGGGUGGAUUCGCAAAAUGUUAUGAGAUGACAGAUUUGACAACAAAUAAAGUUUAUGCUGCAAAAAUCAUUCCUCACAGCAGAGUAGCAAAACCUCAUCAAAGGGAAAAGAUUGAUAAAGAGAUUGAGCUGCACAGAAUGCUUAAUCAUAGACAUGUUGUGCAGUUUUACCACUACUUUGAAGACAGGGAGAAUAUUUACAUUCUUCUGGAGUACUGCAGCAGAAGGUCAAUGGCUCACAUCUUAAAAGCGAGGAAGGUAUUGACAGAACCAGAAGUACGAUACUACCUCAGGCAAAUUGUGUCAGGGCUAAAGUAUCUUCAUGAACAGGAAAUCUUGCAUAGGGAUCUUAAACUAGGUAACUUCUUCAUUAAUGAGAACAUGGAACUGAAACUGGGUGACUUUGGCUUGGCAGCUCGUCUGGAACCACUGGAGCACAGGAGGAGAACAAUAUGUGGCACACCAAAUUACCUCUCUCCAGAAGUCCUCAACAAACAAGGGCAUGGCUGUGAAUCUGACAUCUGGGCCUUAGGCUGUGUAAUGUAUACAAUGCUGUUGGGAAGACCCCCAUUUGAGACAACAAAUCUUAAGGAGACAUACAGAUGUAUAAGGGAAGCAAGAUACAGUCUGCCUUCAUCUCUCUUGGCACCUGCAAAACACCUAAUAGCUAGUAUGUUGUCAAAGAAUCCUGAAGACCGGCCCAGUUUAGAUGAAAUAAUUCGACAUGAUUUUUUUGUACAGGGCUUUACACCCGACAGACUUUCUGCUAGCUGUUGUCACACUGUUCCUGACUUCCAUUUGUCAAGUCCUGCUAAAAAUUUCUUCAAAAAAGCAGCUGCUGCUCUCUUUGGUGGUAAAAAGGAUAAAGCUAGAUACUUCGACACACACAAUAGACUAGCUAAAGAAGAUGAAGAAAUUUACAAGCUCAGACAUGAUUUGAAGAAGACAUCGAUAACCCAGCAGCCCCACAAACACAGAAGUGAUGAGGAGAUCCAGCCUCUUAUCACAACAGUAGCCAAGCCAGGAGCAUUACCAGAAACUAAGCAGAUUGGAGACUCUAUUCGGAUGAUAGUCAGAGGAACUUUGGGAAGCUGCAGCAGUAGCAGUGAAUGCCUGGAAGACAGUACUAUGGGAAGUGUUGCAGAUACAGUUGCAAGGGUUUUGCGUGGAUGUCUGGAGAACAUGCCAGAAGCAGAUAGCAUUCCCAAAGAACAGCUGACAGCAUCCUUCCAGUGGGUUACAAAAUGGGUGGACUAUUCUAACAAGUACGGCUUUGGCUACCAGCUGUCAGAUCACACUGUCGGUGUCCUUUUCAACAAUGGGGCGCAUAUGAGCCUUCUGCCAGAUAAAAAGACAGUCCACUACUACGCUGAGCUAGGCCAAUGCUCAGUCUUUUCAGCUGCAGAGGCUCCUGAACAGUUCAUUAGCCAAGUAACUGUGCUGAAGUAUUUCUCUCACUACAUGGAAGAGAACCUCAUGGAUGGAGGUGAUCUGCCCAGCCUAACAGAUAUACGCAGGCCCAGGCUUUACCUCUUACAGUGGCUUAAAUCUGACAAAGCAUUGAUGAUGCUCUUCAAUGAUGGCACAUUUCAAGUGAACUUCUACCAUGAUCACACGAAAAUCAUCAUUUGUAAUCAGAGUGAGGAGUAUCUCCUUACCUACAUCAAUGAAGACAGGAUAUCCACAACGUUUCGCCUGACAACUCUUCUGGUUUCUGGAUGCUCACUGGAACUAAAACACAGAAUGGAAUAUGCUCUGAACAUGCUGCUGCAGCGUUGUAACUGAAGGGACUGACUCUUAAACCAAAUGGACAUUCUUGUUCACUGUGAAACUUACAGUGGGGAUAGUGGAGCAACUAGUAUGUUGAUGAUGGAUGUGUGUUGGUACGAAAACUUGACUGUCAUAGUGUGCUGGGCACACUUCUGUUAGACAGAAGCCUAAAUCUACUGUUGGACUAAAAUGGUAUGACAAGGAGUUCUUCGGACCAUAGUUUUCCUUGCUUCGUGUGUGUUAAAGAUACUUUUGACAUGAAUUCUGAGCAGAGUGUGACUACUUGCUCCUGUGUAAGAGAGCAUUUCUGAUGGAGUUAAACUGUGAAUAUGCAUCUGGAAAGGGAGGGAAGGGUGAGCUCCAUUGCUGUGGAAUAGCUGUUACAAGCAACAAGCAGCUUCUAGCUGCUUGACUGUGAACUAGGGCCAUACUUUUUUUCACCCCCUUAUUUUUCAAAAACUACCCACACUUGUGGCUGGCAAAGUGCAUUCCUUGUUAAUAAUUUUUUUAUUUAUUACAGCCUAAAGUGAAGUAUUUAUUGCACAACAUUUUUUUGGACCUUGGCAUUUUAAAUAUAAUUCUGUUGGCAAUAAAGAGAAUGGAAAAUCUGAAGCAUCACUCUCCACUCUUUUUACAGUACAACUUAACCUUCCCUCCUUGCUAUUUAUAAACAUCUUGCAGGUCUGCUCUCCUUAUGCCACUUAAAAGAAAGUCUGUUACAGCUCAGGCUAUGAAUGACUGAAGCUUUAAAAAUGAGCAGUGUGUCCAUGUCUACGCACACUUGUAGUAAUAAGCAUCAAUAAGCCACUGCUAAUUAGAGCAGUAGCCCUGAAUCAACAAUUGAUGAAGCUGUAGAGUAAUUAUAUGGACAUUGACACUCCACUUAUUUUCCUAGGACAAAAGCCUUAUGCUAAGGACAGCAUAAGGAUGGCCUGGCCUGUAUUCCAAUCCCACUGCUCCUAGGAGUACGUAGAUAAGAGCAUUUGCCUUCCUAAACUGAAGGCAAUGCAAUUUGUCUGUUAAUUUAUGCAAAUAAAGGGGAUUACUGAGGACUGAUGACUCAGUGUAGGAGGGUUACGUCUACUAGACUUACUUCCUUCUAUAUAUUGUAUAGUACCUAGGCCUACAUAAAUGAAGGCUGGUUUUCAACUGUUCUCAUGCAGCAUCAAGCAGUAGUUCAACUGCUUAUUUGGAUUAAUCAUUGUAUAACUGAACCAGGUUUGUUCUAAAGACAGACCUCAAUUGUCAUCAGUGUUUCAUUCAAAGCAGUUGAAUGCAAGGAGCAGGCAGUCAGUGUAAUAAAGUACAGAUGUCAACCCAAAAUAGUGAGCAGAGGAGGUAUCACUGACUUGCUUCAUCUUGCAGCAAGCUGUAUAAAUGUGAUUGUUUUCCUUGUAUUGAAUACCAUGCAUUAGGUAAUAUUUAUUUGCUUCUCAAGUCUAGACAGGAAGACUUAAUUGAGUUCUUCAGAUGGAUUCAUUAAUGUAACUCUAGGCACUUCAGUGAAGUUAAAUAUAUACUUGCUAUAGCGAGCAGAAUUCAGCUUCUCAGCUGUCUGCUUCUUAAGGGGAUAAUGAUUGAUUUUAUUUCUGGGAGGACAUGCUUACCUCAUUCUGCUGCACACAUACAGUCAUUGUUGAGCUCUUUUUACUUACAAAGUAAGAUCUCACUUUUUGUUUAUUACAAUAGUAAGCACAGUUUGUAUUUGAAACAAAAAUUACUUGGUCUAUAGUACUUAAUUUCUUCAAACGGAAAAGAAAUCAAAACAGUUCUUUGAAUAUCUAUGUGCUAGAGAAACUGUGAAGCUUUAGUUCAGUUACUAUAAUUUCUUUGAGUAUCAAAAUCAUCUUUCUGUGUCUGAAAUUCAGGUUGCUGUAAGCAAACACCCCAGAUCCUAUUGUAGGAUGCUAACUGGUUGUGGACAGUUGUAAUGCAGCUCGUUCAAAUACAGCUAAGUGAAUCAGUUAUCUGUAUGCAAUGUAUAUGUAUGGUACCGGGAUGAUUGGUGCUUUCUAAAUCUUUCUGUAUCUGGUCAGUGCUUUGUACCCUUACUUUACUUUUUAAGUUUCAUAUUGAAAAAAUAAGAAAGGCUUUUAGAUAGGGUUAAGAAAAAAUGAUAAUUUCAAAGUACACUACCUUCACCCUACUCCCUCAGCCCAAGGAUGGAAAGCUGAUUUGGAAGUUGUAACAUAAAGACUUCCAUUUAGAACAAAGGUUCCGAAAUUCUUUCCCAGGGUGGAUCCUGUCUUAAAUAAGAUGCUGUAGUGCACUAAUUGACCUCCUUUAGCCAAUCACAUAACAUCCCUGUUGUAAUUCUUUGUACGGGAAGAUUAAUAUUAGAAAUGUAUUUGUCCACUCCUCAAUAUAACAAGUGUCUUACCUUCUCUUGAAAGAAAGUCAUAUGUUGUGGAUUUUCAUUUUUGUUUGUCAAGCAAUGAUUCUAAUCUUUUUUAUUGAAAAAAGAGUAAACAUAGCAUAAGCAUAUACUUUGGGAGCACAUGUACUUGAAGGAAAAUAUGGGGAUUAAAGGAUUAAGUGAAAGUUG